ACACAUAUGUUUCGAUAGCCAGGGGUAAUAAUGAUAGCUGCAAGGUUUAUUCGCACCCUCCUGUAAUAUAUAGCAGGCGUGUAUGCAUGCAAUCAGUUCAAUUCGGGAACAGUCAUCAAAUCAACCUUGCAAGAUGAAAGCCGUUGCACUGCUCCUGUUGUUUGUUGUGUUUGCAACCCUUCCAAGCGAGACCAGCGGAUGGGGAUGGUUUAAAAGAGUGGUUCGAAAGGUUAAAGACGGCGUAAGGAAGGUUGUAAACAAGAUCAAGGAUUUUGGAAACAGAGUCCGACACGGCCGAGCUGUACAUGCCGACAUGACGGAUGAGGAAAUGGUAGAGGCGUUAGCCACCCGAGACAUCAAUGAGCUGUUUGAAGUUGAACAACUGAGUGACGCAGACAAAGCCGAACUGAACAACAUCCAGCGUGAAGCUCGAGAUUUAAUGGAUCAACUGGAUGCAUUGGACGAUUGAAAGGCCAGAGAGCGGAAG